AUGCUCCGCCGCUGGAGGACGCUUUUCUUCGUCGUGCUGGGUCUCCCGAUCUGCCACGGACUGCGCGAAGCAGUCGAGGAAGAGACCGAAGGUGUCCCUGAUCGCUGCGGCGGCCUCUGGUGCAUUCGCGCGCCGGAGCAGGGCAGGCCGAACCAGGGACGAUUUCAACUGCGAGGGGGCGCCGCGAAGCGGAUAUCUUGGAGGCUCCUUCCAGAGGCAUCCUACACCCUCCAGCAGGACCAUCUCUGUGCUGGAAAGGCUGAGACCUUGGUCUCUUCUGUACAAGUAGUUCCGUGGGUUCAUGCGGAUGACCCUAUCAAUGGAUCGACGAUCGAGUUGUAUGUCCCAGCCCUCAAAGAUCUGGACCUGCGCAUGACUGGAGCACAAGACGUUUUUCUGUGUGCCAGCAGGACGUUCCACCAGGAGCAGUCGUGCCUGUGCCAGCUGGACUUGAGCCAGCCACCCUAUGUUGGUCUGCUGGCACGCUUGGGGCGAUGGCUUCCUGGCAAAGGCUUCGCAGAGGUUCAGGUGUCCCUGGACCGGCAGUGCCCCGCCCGGUGGAUCCCGGACGCUGUGGCAGCCACUGUCUUGAUCCUUCUCUGUGUUUUCCUCCUCUUGGUCGUGGAGGCAGUGUUGGCCAGCAGACGUGCCGGAGAGUCGGAGAAUCCUCGGAGCGCCGCAGAAGAAGCCGGUCUCGUCGUUUCCGGGCCGCUGACUCUGAUGAAGAAGGGUGGUACGGGUGCCUUCGGCUUCGUCACUUUGAUGACGACGACGCAGAGUAUCGCCGUGAGCAAGGCCUUAGAGGCUCAAGUCCCCGAAGUUGUGAUCUGGCUGUUGAUUCUCUCUGCCGGGCUGCUGAGCUCCUUCGCAGUGUGGCGUUCCUUCCAGUCGAUGUGCCAGAUUCAGCUGAGCGAAGCCUACUUGCUGAACGGGCACUGUGUUCGCAACACUCCCUCAGUCAGAUACAUGGAUUAUGGCUUGGCCACCGGCGUGAUAUUCUAUGCCCUGACGUCAGCAGGAGGCAUGCUGUGGGCCGGACUCUCCGGCCAGAAGUUCGGCUACAUGGUGCUGGUUAUCACGGCCCUCGUCGGCCCAGUCAUCAACCUACUCCUUCGCGUGAAGGCGCGUGCCGAUGCGGAGAACAACGCAGCAAAGGUGGGCUUCCGGCCCAGGGGGGUUGAGGCGAUCCUGAAUCCUCUCACCGAAGGUUCCACCAAGGGGCCGAUGCUGACUUGGGCAUUUUUGCAGUGGGAGGAGGUCCUGCAGGCCGGCCGUGAAGGCCGGGAGGUCCACGCAGAGGCGGCCGCCGAAUGCCAUGGACAAGGAGCGCCGCCGUUCGGACUGGUCCGGGAUGUGGUUUGGCAGCGGCAGCGCAUCCUGAAGCUUACCAGUUCACGUGCUGGCUUCAUGGUGUGGCCCGGUUGCUUCUGUUCUUUGGCCCUGGCUCUGGCUAGCACUGCAUUGCAGAGCAUGCUCUUCGUGUGCUCGCGGGGAGAGCUGGAGACUCUGCAGGUGAGCGGCCUGGCUACAAACUUGGACUUCUCUGCAUCGCAGGACCACUACGUGCUCAGCGCAGAUCAGGUCGUCCGACAACUAACGCUCUUGGCUGCCGCUCCCGAAGCGCGCAGUACCCGGGUGACGGUUUCGCCCCCCCUCACGGAAGACACCUACAGCGUCCUGUCGCCGGUUCCCAUUGGUGGUAUGCCUGUUCCACGGGUGGCGAACGUAACUGUGAAGGGCCUAUAUCCCGGAUUGCGCUCCACUCAGUAUUUCGUUCGCUUUGCUCCUGAGGCGAAAUUGGCAAAGGUGCUCCUGCUCGAAGAUGCGAAGCUGGGUUUCAAGCGAUGCCUAGCCUGGGCCACACUGCCGGGCAGCCAGCUGAGUGUGCCGCCCCAGUCCAAGUUUCUGAAUGCCACCAUCAUUUUCGCCGACUAUGUCCUGGGCGUGCCUCUCGCAAAAGAUCAAGCGGAGCAGCUGGGCGUCGCUGGAGAUGCGACGUGGACCGUUUUCUACCCGCGUAAGAAUUCCUCUGCAUGCAAACCCGAUUGCCUGGACGAUCCGGACUGCCUGGCCUCUUUCGAAGGCCGAGCUGGUUGCUUUGCAGCUUACCACAACUACUCCUGGCACGAACGUCAGGGUUGUGGCGGGAUGGUGACGGCGGAGAGCGAAGUGCAGAGCAGCUUUCGAGCCCAAAUGUUCGGGUGCGAGACGAACUCGACUGCUUCAGGAGCAGAGUGCGGCCUGGAUGUCCAAGUACAAGACCAGACAGCUCGCUUCGGCUCAGUAUUGCCAGAUUGGCAGGGCGGGAUCUUUGGCCAACUUCGGCUCAAACUCCGGCGGGAGCAAAGCUUGGAAAGGAAGCCAGCUGCUUUCCAAGCCAUCAGUCUUUAUCGGAACAUACCCUUGGCCACGGACGUCCUAGUGAAGCUUGUUGCCAGCAGCGCCAACACCACAGACGUUCUGCGUGUCGAUGGUAAGGUUUCGCCAGAAGGGGACGUUAUCGUGACUGUCAGCAGAUUUGACCCUUUCCGCUUCGACACUCUGCGGCUGAUCGUCGUUCCGAUCCUUCCUGACACCAACUUCAGAGUUCGAUGGGCAUCGAUACCAAACGACGGUGGCCGAAUGGAAGAUGCCGAUCUGCCUGACCUGAAGCGCUGCAACCAGAGCAACUACCUGAGGCAGCGGUAUCGGGCCUGCCGUGCUUCGCAGGUUACCGCGCGACCAUCGGAGCCCAUCAACUUCACGUUUAGCCCUUGGGCGGCUCCACCCGUCGGCAGUUUUUUCGUGGAGCCCCGCGACCGCGAGGAGCGUCUGACAGACUUGUGGCCCAGGCGUCAGCACCACCAUCGGCUGGAGGUUCAUUUCGAUGGAGCCGACAGUCCGGGCGCCUGGGCGGCGGAGGAGCACGGAUGCGCGCUGCUACAGCGCGUGCAGAGGUCGCGCCUCAAUCUUUUAGGGAGGUCAGCAGACACCUUUUGCACCAUGGUGGAUCGUGCAGUGGCCUCGGGGCAGUGCGACUAUUCGGUGCUUUGCAAUGCAUGGGGAACAGCGCUGGAGGAACACACCCGCCUCUCGACACUCAAAGUUGCACGAUUGCUGGCCUGCCAAGUAAAAGCUCAAAAACUUCCCUGGCCGCCCUACCCGGAUGACUGCCCGUGGCUGAACUUCUCAGGGUGGGGAUUGAGCAUCGCAGAGCUGAACCAGGAUACUCUGCGCAGAAGAGUUGCACUGCCCGCCUCCGCCUACGAGAGUGUGCUUCGAAUCAAGAUCCCGGACUUCUUUGAGAGCGUCGCAUCGCUGGAGGAUCUGCGUUCAGCCGGCCUUGGGGCAGCAGCUGCAUUGUGCCAGCAGCAGCCCUGGGGUGGUGCAGCCUUUUCUUGGGAGAGAGUUGUCCCUGGUGUGAUAAAGCGCGGUAGCGAGACGAAGCCUGAAGGACUAACGAUUGCAAUGCGGACGGUAAAGACGACUUGGAUGUCGUGGGCCAUCCGAACUGGGUCGGCGGAUCUGACAACCGCGAUCUAUCAGUGCCUGUUGCAGGAAUACCGCAAGUCUGCGUUUGGACAUUGGCAAGUCCUGGUGGACAUCGACGCGUCAUCGAUUGCUCUUGCCGGGGAUGCGUGGGAUGCUGUCACGAAGAUGUCAGGUCAGUUUGGCUUCGAUCCGCUCUCCUGGCUGUUGGUGGUGGGUGACCUCUCACCGAAAAUGCCGCAGGCUCUCGUCACAACCGCCUUGCAGCAUGGGUCCAACAUGACUGGUUUCCAUGAGAAGAUGGAGGAGCUUCUUCCAUCCUGGAAUUUCUCUUGUAAAGAGCUGGUACCUUCCUUGCCAAGUCGUACCGAACUGGACGAGCUCGGCUGGGUGCUGCAAAGACAUCCGUGUGACCAGGUGUCCGUGCUCAAUAUCAGCGGUAGCCGCUUCGAAGAUUCGCUGUUCCCUGCGGAUUCCGGCUUCUUCGAAGCGCUUCUCCGACUUCAACGCCUCAAAGUCCUCUCGAUCAAGCACUGGUCUCUCACCGAGGAGGAUAUGGCGUUGCUCAGCACUGCGCUGGCCGGUCGUACGUUGACGCUCCUGGAGCUCUUGCCGCGGAUGGGGGAGCCUCCCUUCCCGAGAUCGGCUGUGAAGUACCUGUCGUCGUCCUGCGUCCGACGCUUGGAGCUGGGCGAUCUGGGCUUUCGAAGCACCGAGGAGGUCGACGAAUUCAUCUCUGAAGUGGGGCGAGCCAGAUGGCCCUGCCUGCAGAGCCUCCACAUGGAGAUGGCAGGUCUGAGUAACUUCACUCUGCUGCGUGAGAUGCAGCCGGCUAUUGAGGAAGCCGUGAGGGAGGCCGCAAACAACAGCAACGCAACCUUUGUCAUAAGCAAGGACUGA